AGAAAGUUGACACCUCUAUACUUCAGCAGUAAGCCAAACAGGAAGAGGUUGGUAGUUAUAAUAAACUGCAUAUCGGUGUGAUGAUCUGUCAGCAAGACAACAUGGAGGUUACGCUUUCCUGCAUUAGAUUGUUGAUAAAUACCUGGCUGCUGCUGGUGAUUUGGGAUAGUUGUGAUGCUCAAACAACUUUUCCUCAUGUUGUUCCAAACACUUCUCAGCACUAUGAAUACAGCACAGUGUCUUUUGACUGUAAGGGGUUUGAUGGGUCUCUUGGAUGGAAACUAAUGAGGAAAGCAGCAGAUGUUGAUACAGCGUGUGGGACUAGCUGGGGAGUUUUCAGUGGGUCCAUUUGCAUCUUCAGAAAUGUUUAUAUCGAAGACAGCGGACAGUACUGGUGUGAGAGUGGAGACGGAAAGAAAAGCAGCCCUGUCAACAUCACCAUUGCACCUGGUCCUGUGAUCCUGGAAAGUCCUUUAUUUCCUGUGAUGGAGGGAAACACUGUGAGUCUGCACUGUAAAAACGGGACAGAUUUCACCAAAGCCUCCACUUCCAUAACCUUCUAUAAAAAUGGGAUCUUUAUCAAGAGCAUCUCCACCAGCACUUUGAUCAUCCACAAUAUUAACAAGUCUCAUGAAGGACUCUACAAGUGCAACAUCUCAGGAGCUGGAGAAUCACCUGAGAGCUGGCUGGCUGUCAGAAGCAGAGACAACACAGACAAUGACAUGGUGACUCUCCUAUGUUAUGAUCAACUCCCUGUUCUUCUCUACUUCCUGCUAAGGACUGUUGGCACCAUUUUAUGGGUCACUCUGCUGCUGGUGGUGUUAAGAAAACGUCAGCCUUGGAAUGACCAUCAUAUAUAGAAAAUGUGCACAAUUGUAAGCAACAAAAUUGCAAAAAUGCAUUUGCAUUUUCUAUAUUAUGAUAGAAUAUAUAUAUAUGUGUGUGUGCGUGUGUGUGUGUGUGUGUAUACAUAUAUAUACAUAUAUACAUUAUAAUAGAAGCCUUUAAAAAUAUUUUCUAUGGAUAAGUGACAAAUAAAAGCCAAUCUCUAGUUUUGCAACAGAGACAUGAGGCAUUGUUAUUACUACAUGUUACUUUAAUUUAAAUUCGAAUGCACUUUAGACAGACUGUUCUGUCUACCACUGGUAAACAGAGCAGUCACCCGAGACUGCAAGACCAUACUGACGAGUCUGUGCACCGCCUGGAGUGACUGCCAGAAAGCCUAUGACUCGAUGCCCCACACUUGGAUCCUAGAUCAACAGGACCCUAAGAGCCUUCAUCAGGAACUCUGUGGGGAACAACACUAGAGGCCAACUUUAAGCCAAUAGCAUAAGUUGCCAUCAAGUGCAGGAUCUGCCAAGGAGAUGCUCUGUCCUCACUCAAGGAGCAAGAGGAGGAGCCAUCAUGGAAGGGUAAAAACGAGGUGGCGAGAGGGGAAUUUUUUGAAUAGAUAUAGAUAGAUAGUUUUAUCACCACCUAACCUGUUUAGAUAUUCAGAUAUUUUGUCAUGGACCUGUUUUAAAAAACCCAAAACAAAGACAAAAAACACACAUUAUCUGUGUAAUAUUACUAUGUAUUUUGGGCAUAGAAGAAGAUCAGUCAUGUAUAUUAAUUAUUUUACGUGCCACAAUCUCAUGAGUUUAAAUGUCUUUUAAUCUUCUCCGUGUUUAAGUCUGUGAUACAACCACAGUGUCUCCAAAGUUCUGUCUACAGAGUCUACAAGUUUGCAGAGAGCUCAGUGACUGUGGUCAUGAAAGGAAGAACAAAUAUAUUAUUCAGUUACUUCUUUCUGACUUAUUAAUUUUUUUUUAUCAUGUGGAUUAAAUGCCAUGUGUGUCAUUUGGACUAGAAGUGGAUGUAAGAUGGACUCCACUAAAUCUGUGUUUCUUAACUGUAUUAUUAUAUAUUAUAUUAUUAGAAACCCCAUAGAAAUUCUAGUGUUAGUUUAUGUGUCAUAUAUCUUGAGCUGAAUUUAAUUUGAAUGUCGUGUGUAGGUUUCAGAAAUGCCCAGUGGUUAAUGGAAUGUGUUAAUGGGAUUGCAGUGUAUAAAAACAGUGUGUUAUCAUUUUGAUAGUGAACUGCAGUGAAUUUAUUUAAGAAGCCGACCCAGCUGUGAUUUGUCUGAUUUGUGGCUGUGGCAGCUGACCUACAUUCAUGUUCGAUAAAUUUAGGUCAGCUGCCAGUAACUCACAUUAUGAAUCUGCACAGAAACAAAAUCCCCUGAUUUAUUUAUUGUGUUUUUUUAAGAUAUCUCUAAAAAUGUAAUUUACAUUUUUAAAGUAGUGUAUUUUGUUAGAUUAUUGGUGUUUAUCGUUGGUAUUUAACUAAAGUUCCUCUCUGACACUGAAAUUCUAAUCCAGACUGCUUUAGACACAAGAUAUAAUUGUUUGAGCAUGAGGAACUGAAACUAAAACUUUGUAGGGGCUUUUUCGUUUGUUUUUGUUUGAUUCUGUUUGGUUUUAAGAACUGAAAUUUCUUUGGCUCUCUAAGUGGUUUCUGUAUUUAACGUACUUCCUGAAAUCCUAGUUUUUGAGGCUUCAUGUGCUGUGAUACUCAUCACUAAACAAUACUGGACAUAAAGCCUGUAUAAUUUUUA